AUGAAAUCAAGCCUCAAAGAUCUAUCCUCACAACUGGCGGAGGCUGUGAACUCGCUUGCUUUUCUGCACGACCAAUGUGAUAUACUAACCAAAAAAGUGAAGUUUCUUGAGUCAAGGAACACAAGUCUCGAAACGGAGGACAAGCUAAUUAAAGUGGAACUCAACAAAAUGGCGGGAGAUUUGAAUACUAAGAAGAAGUCCCUCGACGACAUAGAACAGUACUCGAGGAGGGAUUGUUUAGAGAUUAAAGGCGUUCCGUUAACACCUACGGAGAACACGAACGACGUAGUAAAAGAGGUAGGAGAGCUUAUGGAAGUCGAAAUCUUAGAAGAAGACAUAAGCACAAGCCACAGCUACCGGCUCCGAGACCGAAUCCCAACCAGCGCCCAGCUAAGCCAGGAAGAUGUUCGAGACCGAUUUUAUGCCGGUCGGAAACAUCUCCGAGAUAAAUCCGUACGGGACAUUGGUCUCACGCGGUCCGAUAACAAGAUCUACAUUUCGGAAAGUUUGAGUCCAGGCAACAGGGAGCUGUUCAAGGCGGCGUUAAGCGCCAGGCAUGAUCUGAAGUUCAAGUACAUUUGGACGCAGAAUGGAAAAGUGUUCCUGAGGAAAAAUAAAGACAGCCAAGCUGUGCUUAUCAGUAAAUCACAGGAUUCACUCCACCUCAAGCAACGAGAAGACCACGAUUCACAAGAGGUAGAGUCAGCAAACUUUUAA